GGUGGCAGAUCAAUCUUGUAAUGAUACACCGGGGUAAAGAGGUGUAUUUCUACCUGACGUAGCCUACUACAAGCAAUGAAGUCUUUAGCGUUGGUUACUCUCUUUGGGAUUUGUUAUUGUUUUAACAAUAUUCUGGCAGUCGAAGCAGGUCGCUUGGCGUCGAUGAAGGUGGUCGAGCGUCUGAAAGAGAUUGAACCGAAACAUGCCGAAAUUAAGUAUCGCAUCAUUAACUUCGUGUACUCGGCGAAGUACAACUUGGUGCAAAAGACGGACCAGUUCUACAAGCAGCUGUUUGUCGCCAAGGAAGGCUCGCUCGACAUUGCGAUAGACCUCGAGGAUGAGCUGCUAUAUCAGCUCGAUCAUCAACCGGCUUCGGUGGAUCGCAGUUGUCUUAGCUUCCUGAAAACAAUUGUGGAAAACAACAUGAACGUGGCCGGUGUGGGAUACACGAACUGUGUUAACGAUGUGGAACGGGGUAUAGAGAAGGAGCUGCAGCGUGCCCAACAGUUGCUCGAGGUCGAUGAGUCGGAAAUAUUCUACCAGAGUCUGUUGGACGUUUUCGAGGGUGAGAAUAUUAUUGCGGGACCUGAUGCAGUCAUGGUAAAGCUGAAGGGCAAGGCUGACGAAAUUGAUGCCUUUGCCAGUGAUUACUUUUCGGGCAUAUUUGGGAUUGUGGAACAGUUUUCCUCCAGGCUGUGGGAUUUGCGAAAUGGCUAUCAAUCGUGCUUGAACGUUAACGAGUCCAUACUGAAGGCAACAUCCGAUGCGUCCAAAAGUCAGUUGACAAGCAUCUGUUUAGGGUCGAUUGUUAACUGAUGAGAUGGUUGCAAAAGUGUAUACAUACUGUACUCGGAAUAAAACACUAACCUACCCGAAUGUAUAGCAGAUGAUACUCCAGCCCAUCAACCUGUUCUCUUGCAUAGUUCCUCAUAACUAACAACUUGUAACACAUCACUGAGUUAUUUAUAUAAUUUUUAAAUAAAAAUAUGUAAAAUAUA